AUGAGCGCCGACCAACCUCACGCAGAAUCCCACCAUCCCAAAAAGACGCUACACAGCAAGCGCUCGUUUGGUAAAUACCCGGUAGUUGAUUCACCUGCCUACGAUGCGUCUGAAGAGGAUAACGAUCCGUUGACCGACGAUGGUGCUUCGGCGCUCUCCGUCCCCGCGAUCUCCCGCCCUGUCAACUCGCGAAGCCCACUUCCGCGCAGUUCACGUCUGAAGCACGCCGCGAUCCCGCAUCAUCUCUCCGAACUGUCAGACGACGGAGUAGAUUCUCCCACAUACGAUGGAGAUGUAGAAAGCAGUACGACCGUGGCCGCUCCUGCGAGCAGCACAUUAUCCAACGCAUCGGCUAGCGCGAGUGCGAGCACCAUGACGUCCCCCGCGUCAGUAGCGCGCGAACUCCCACCUGAAGGCACAGUGCUCACUGCACUAGUGCCUGCUCCACCUGGUGCAAGUGACGAAGGCCAAGUACGCGCCAUACCAGUGACGGUACAGCACGGUCAUCAUGUCACAGAGCCCCCGCCUGUAGAGGCCGCUCAGGAGGCGUUCAACCCCGCUAGUCUUACUCCGGAAGAUAUCAAGGCUUUCGUGCAGGAUGCGAUCAAAGGAGAUGGAUUGCGGCAAUAUAGAGUUAACCCGCCGCCGACGGGAAGACCUAUACGGGUAUACGCAGAUGGUGUCUACGAUCUCUUCCAUUUCGGUCACGCAUUACAGCUCAGGCAGGCCAAGCUGAGCUUUGACGACGUCCAUCUUCUCGUCGGCGUAAACUCGGAUGAGCAGGUCAAGACGAACAAGUUCAAAUGCAUCAUGAACCAUGCCGAACGAUGCGAAGCCGUCCGUCAUUGUCGCUGGGUAGACCAAGUUGUUCCCGAUGCACCGUGGGUCAUCACGCAGGAGUUCGUGGACAAGUACCAGAUCGACUAUGUGGCUCACGACGAUGAUCCAUAUGUGAGCGCGGGGCAUGACGACGUGUAUCAGUUCGUGAAAGACCAGGGCAAGUUCUUCCCAACACGCCGCACGCCUGGCGUCUCCACGUCCGAACUACUAGAACGGAUUGUACGCGGAUACCGCCUGCGCGACUUCGACAAGAAGCUCGCGAAGAUGGGUCGCGCGGAACUCAUGGCAGAAGGCUCGGACUUUGACGACCAAAGCUCCAAAGCGCCGUCUCCGCAAUGA